GGGAAGCAUUUGGAUGGAAUUAUUUGCUUGGAAUUGUAUGUCAAAAGUUGGACAAAGAUCCUAGUUCCUUAAUAGCUUCCUAUUAGAAAGCUUUUGCAGGCCUCGUAUGAGGCAAACGUUGCUAUAGAAGGCGUCGAUCGGAGAGGCUUGAAGAUGGAUCUUAGAAGUUCACUUAUUGCUAAAUUUUGUCCUGAUUCUCACAUUGGCUCCUCCAAGCUUAAACUUUGGUACUUGUGACUAUAUAACUUUGAACCAUGAGAAGAUGUUAGGCAAACUUAUGCCGUGGUCUCGGAUGGUCCCAAGACAUUCUCGCCUUAUCUCCAGACGAUCUCAUGGAAAAGUGAUUUAUAUCGUGCUCUUGAUACUAGUACCAAUUUUGCUCUUUGGCAUUUACCUCCAUUUCCAUAAGAUCUCCUAUUUCUUCCGUCCACUUUGGGACAAACCUCCACCUCCAUUUGAGCAUUUGCCACAUUAUUAUGCUGAAAAUGUUUCUAUGGAUAAUCUUUGUCGCCUACAUGGAUGGACUCUACGUCCUGAACCACGUCGUGUAUUUGAUGGGAUCAUAUUCAGCAAUGAGCUAGACUUGCUUGAAGUAAGGUGGCGCGAGCUCUAUCCCUAUGUUACGAAAUUUGUCAUCUUGGAAGCCAACACUACUUUUACUGGACUUCCAAAGCCAUUGUACUUCUCUGAUCAUCGGGAACGAUUUGCAUUUGCUGAGGAUAAGAUUGUACAUGGUGUAUUUCCUGGCCGGAUUGCAUCCCCUGAGUUACAUGAAGAUCCGUUUAAACUAGAAGGACAACAACGCAUUGCAAUGAACAGGUUACUUCAUGCUGCUGGUAUCUUUGAAGAUGACCUUCUCAUUAUGUCAGAUACCGAUGAAAUCCCAAGCCACCACACUAUUAAACUUCUUCAGUGGUGUGACGGUAUGCCUCCCGUGAUGCAUCUUGAACUUAGACAGUACAUGUACUCUUUCGAGUUCCCUGUGGACUAUAGUAGCUGGCGCGCCAGUGUUCACAUUUACAACAGGUGGACGAAAUAUAGACAUUCCCGCCAAACAGAUGUUAUACUUUCUGAUGCAGGUUGGCAUUGCAGCUUUUGCUUCCGGAAUCUGCAAGAUUUCGUAUUCAAAAUGACUGGUUACAGUCACGCAGACAGAGUUCGACGUACAAACUUCCUAAAGUAUUCUAGGAUUCAGAAGCUAAUAUGUGAGGGAGCUGAUCUUUAUGACAUGUUACCUGAGGAGUAUUCUUUUCAAGAAUUGAUCAAGAAAAUGGGAUCAAUACCUCGAUCAGCAUCCGCGGUUCAUCUUCCAACACACGUCAUUGAAAACGCAGAUAAGUUCCGAUUCCUUCUCCCAGGAGGUUGUCAGCGAUCACCACGAUGAUACUCACACGUUAACUUAUUCGUCUUGCUUCAUCUGCUAGUUUUAGACCUUAGUGUUGUUUUUCCACUCAAGUUUGCAGAUGUUUUAGCUGUAAUAAGUUGAGUUUUUUCCAUCUUUGUAAUGAGAAAAAUAGGUUCUCUUACCUUUUGAGUUUUGCCAAUAUAUGUGAUACACAUUUUACAUCAAAA